ACGCACACUUCUAGGCUAGCCCGGCGUCCUGUCCUGUAAACUAAAAUGUGUGGACGAGUAGGGUGUUUGUUUGAUAGCGUGUUGUCUUCCGGGUAGAAUCCAGCAGGUGGAGCUAUGUAAACAUACGUCAUGAGUUCUUGUGUGAAUGAUACACUAUGCGCGCGCACGCAAUAACAAUUUCGGCCAAAUUUACUUUUGGAAUUAUGACAAAAAUGUGUGCACUGUGCUCGUUUUUGUGAGUAGUUGACUAAGUGCGACUCAUUUUUCUCUGAUUCAAACUUCAAUAGCAGGAAGGAUGAGGAAGAAGCAGACGGCCAAGCAGAGGAAGACGGAGGAUUCUUCUGAGGUGCAGCAAUUUGUGGUUGAGAAGAUCACUCGUCGUAGGAUUGUCAAUGGUAGAGUGGAGUACUUCCUAAAGUGGAAAGGCUUCACGGAUGCAGAAAACACGUGGGAGCCUGAAGACAACCUAGACUGUCCUGAGCUGAUUGAGGAGUAUCUGAGAAAUAGUUUCUCGCAGCAGAAUGAGGAAGAAGAGCAGGAGUUUGUUCCGAAAGAAGAAAUGAUGGAUGAGACAGAAAUUUCCCCACCACAGAUACACACACAGCCCUGCGGUGAUGAUCCAGACACCCUCGCAGAUCUGAGCGCUUACCCCGAGCUUGAAUGCAUCAUUGGCUCCACGGACAGACGAGGAGAGCUCGUGUUUUUAGUCAAAUGGAAGAACUCUGGCGACGUGGCCCUGCUGCCAGCCCACGAGGCGAGCGCCAGGUGCCCGCAGGCGGUCAUCGACUUCUACGAGCAGAAGCUGACGUGGCACUGCGGAGAUGACGAACAGUGACGCGGGCCGUCGGGGGAUCGAGGUGAACCUACGCUGUGAUGUUGUGAUGUUUCCUUUUACCUCUCUUGAGCGGCGACGCUCAGCUGACCUCAAGCACAUAACGGACGCUAAGCGCGACCGUUUUUGCAGCUAAUUAGCCUUUAGCCUCUUUUCGUGUUAUCAUGUAGCACACCCUAUCACUGUGGACUGUUGGUAUUAUUUUUGAAGGUAGUCGAUUAAUGUUUCUGCUCAUUUUUUUUUUCCUCCAGUGUGUGUUGUAGCACAUUUUCGCAUUAGGUAGUGAACUGGCAUCUCUCAAUUAAAUCUAUGGUCAGUGGAGCAAGAAGAAAUUGUUUUAUUACUGAAGAGGUAGCUGCAAUGUAAACUUAACACCUGUGAUAUAAAGCGGAAAUCAUCUUGUUUGAAUAUUUAAAGCAAAAGUAGUUUAGGAACAAUGACAAAUGUGCUGUACUGGAUUAAAAAUAGGUUUAUGCCACUGUAAUAUACUUAAGUUACCACUGUGCUGUUUGACUAGCAGAUGCUCAACUGCGAGUUGCGUUUUUCAACUUAAUAAAACACUGGCAUUGAAAUGGAAGAAAUAAUUUUGACUAUAGAUAAGCAAAGGAAUUGAAUUACAUUUGAUUCUUUUCAUCGGUCAUGCGUGUGUGCGCUUUUUUUUUUUUUUGCUUCAAAAAUUAUUUUCACAUUUGUGUUCCUGUUGCCACACUUUUUUGGGUCAUCCAUUUAUUUUAAUGGAAGUGUGUUGUGUUUAUGUGAAAGCUAGUUCCAUUACUGUGUGGCUGUUUUUCAAAGUUCCUAAAGCUUUUAAAUAAAUGGAGUAGAGGUUUUACUGAUUAAAACCACUGGGGGCAAGGGUUAAGUGCAAAAUGUACUUUGUUACUUGUUUUUUCUUUUCUGGUUGUAUCCUGUUAAGUGUAUUUUGUGGCUGAUGUUUUAUUCAAAAUUGUUGCCCAUCUUAUCUCAAAUUAGCUGCUUUGUACCAAAUAUUUUAUUCCCUUUUUUUUUUUCUUAAGAGAUUUUGUUUAUUCAAACCGGUGCUGUUCACCACAGAGCAAAAAAAAAAAAAGUCGCCUUACUGCCCUUAGAGUUGUGCACAGUUUUUUUUUGCAUACAAUCUCCCAAAAAGUUCAACGUAGCACUUUAGAUGUCAUCGGUCAUUUCCUCCUCACGUGCGAGGGACAUAUCCUGUUCUGGCACGCUCGACCUAACCUUACACCUCCUAACAAAACACACCUACUCAACUACUGAGCCGCUCUUACCGCACGUGUGUGUAGGGAUUGUAGAUCUGUGACGCGGCAACGAAUAAAAGAUUCCUUGUGUGACCUUUA